CGUGGCGAGACCUGCCGUGUGCCCGUGGGGCCGCGCUGUGUGCGGUAGGGUGCAGCGGGACCGGCACUCGCUGUAGGGCUGGGGGGCGCCCUCCGUAGUUCCGGCUGGGGGCACCUGAGGAGCUUCUCUCUCGUCAUGCCCCUGCGGAGUCCCACCCCGGCACCUUUCUCCGGGCGGGGUGGCCGUGGAACAGGCGCGGGGCCAGGCUUCCUAGGAGUCAGGGAAGGCUGGCAGGUGCUGGCAGGUGCUGGCCGGCACGGCUCUGGCCAAGGGGACAGUGUCAGCUGUGGAGCGGCACGGUGCGCUGCUUCCCCUUCGAGGGGACUCAGGGAGAGGCUGGCGCUUGGCAUCGAUGCUCGGGGGGUGGUGACACUGGCAGCAAUGGGGGCAGGCUGAAGGGAGGCAGCAGCAGAUGUUUUGCGAGGACACCCCCAGAUCUUGGAGCUUGGGGGACAUCUUUCCACCUAGGGGAUGCAGCCAAGGCCUUGAGAGACAGGAGAAGAGCAAAGAGGUGGCCCUGACUGCCGAGAGGGAAGGUGUGACCUAGCUGCUGCACGUUGUCUCUAACCUGUUUUUUGUGCCCACCAGAGUCCUGGCUGCAUUGAUUAGUGGUUGUGUAAUUAAAGUCUGCAGGAAUUCUGAGAGCUGUGAUGCUUCUCGGUAGUCCUCGCUUGCUGUGGAGGGAGGUGCAUGACACUGCAGGUGACCUUCCCUCCUCUGUCCCAGCCCUGUGCUGUUGCAGCACCAGGUCCUCCAGCCUGGGGCUGGUAAAGCCUGGUGUGGUCAGAAGCAAGUACUGGUGGAGGUUCCAGCUGCAGGACUCCGGGGCCUGUGAACUACAGCCACUCUGAUGGCUUCUGAAACUCACCUGGCAAAUGUCUGUUGGCCAUUUCCUGAGGAAAUUCCCUGUAUAUACAGCAUUUUUAGAAGUCAUGACUUAGAGGUUUCUUGGUCUAUGAUCUGGAUUGUUAAUUGUUUUAAGGCACAAACAUCAGUUGUCGAAGCGAGGCUUUGGUACUGCUCUUUAAACCUGCUAAAGGAGGUUGUAUCCUGAAGUCUCAAAAGGCUCUGUUGUUAAGGCCUGAGAAAUACAUGCAAUGCAACUCAAAUGCCAGGCCAGAAUGACCACUGUCAUUUAUUGUCCCUGGGCAGGCUCCAAAUCUUCUGAUACUCUGCCCCAAGCCAACUCUUGCUGCUUUGCUCACCGCAGCAGAGACUUAGUCGCACGCUAGGACUCUCAGUGCCUCGGGGUUAUGGUGUACCCAGAAGGAUUCAAGAAGAUCUUGCCAGCACUUUCUCUCUCCUUGUAUUCUGUAGCAGCACUGCCGAGGUAAUCCUGCUGCACUGUUUCCAGUUGUGGUGAUGUUAGAACUACCUUGAGCCAUCUGGGACUUUGUUGGUGAACAGGAGCAUCUUUUCAUUGAUUGCAGGACGCAGUUCUUACUGGACGUGCUUGGCAAGAUGGAACCACCAACGUCCUCCAGGCUGAAUUCCCGAAAGAGAAGAAAAGAUGGAUCUGGCCCCAAUGGGGCAACAGAGCUGGAUGGGAUCCCUCCCAAAAUGUCCCGGCGCUCACUCGGACUGCGGGAACCGGCUCCGUUCUCCGACGAAGUGGAGAUCGAUUACAGCAAGCCAUACAUCAGAGUGACAUAUGAAGAAGCAAUGAGAGGGACCCCUUUGGAUCGCCCCGUCAGAGUGUACGCCGAUGGAAUAUUUGACCUGUUUCAUUCUGGCCACGCCCGGGCGCUGAUGCAAGCCAAGAACCUCUUCCCAAACACAUACCUCAUUGUCGGAGUCUGCAGUGAUGAGCUAACCCAUAACUUCAAGGGCUUCACGGUGAUGAAUGAAAACGAGCGGUAUGAUGCUGUGCAGCACUGUCGUUACGUGGAUGAAGUGGUGAGAAACGCACCGUGGACACUCACCCCUGAGUUCCUGGCAGACCACAGGAUCGACUUUGUUGCACACGAUGACAUCCCCUAUUCUUCUGCUGGCAGCGAUGAUGUCUAUAAGCAUAUAAAAGAAGCAGGCAUGUUUGCACCAACUCAGAGAACAGAGGGGAUCUCAACGUCGGACAUCAUCACCCGCAUCGUGCGGGACUACGAUGUCUAUGCCAGGCGGAACCUGCAGCGAGGCUACACAGCGAAGGAGCUCAACGUCAGCUUCAUUAAUGAGAAGAAAUACCACCUCCAGGAGCGUGUGGAUAAGGUGAAAAAGAGAGUGAAGGAUGUAGAGGAGAAGUCAAAGGAAUUCGUUCAGAAAGUGGAGGAGAAGAGUAUUGAUCUCAUUCAGAAGUGGGAGGAGAAGUCCCGGGAGUUCAUUGGCAAUUUCCUGGAGAUGUUUGGCCCAGAAGGUGCAUUGAAACACAUGCUGAAGGAGGGCAAGGGCCGGAUGCUGCAGGCCAUCAGCCCAAAACAGAGUCCCAGCAGUAGCCCCACGCAUGACCGCUCCCCGUCUCCCUCCUUCCGCUGGCCCUUUUCAACCAAGACUCCUCCUUCCUCACCUGCCAACCUCUCCAGGAAUGAGUCUGCGGUCACCUAUGACAUCAGUGAGGAUGAAGAGGAUUAAGCUACCAGCUGGGAUUUACUGCAAACCGCUAAUAGCCAAAUCCUAAGUCUGGAUCCACUGGGGAACUCUAAAUGAGCAGGGGAGCCAUGGAACAGGGCUGAUGGUGAGCACAGGGCCUUGGAGGCACCCACUGCUCCUAGCAAGGGCUGCUGCCUGGAAGCACAUUCAAACCUCCUCUCCCUUCUCCUCCCUAAAACCUCCUUUUAUUGUUUACAUUCUAGUGGUUCCCAGGGGGAAGACAGCUUUUAUAUUUUAAGAGAAUGCCUUUUUAAAGUGCAAAGAAUAGCACUGAAGUCUGGCUUUCGUUUUGGUUUCUUUUCCCUCAUCAAACCUCCAGGCAAGAGGGAGAGGGGGAAGACCCAUCUGUCUCUCCUUUCAGCCUCUCUGUCUUAUUUCCCCCCCCCAUCUCCAGGUAGUAUCUGUACCUCUGCCAAAUGAAAGACCCCCUGGGUUCCGCCACCAGCGUGACCUCCAGUGCACGCAGUGAGCGAUAGUGUAAAGAGGCUUCUAGGAAAUAGAGACACCUGUGCUGCACCAGAGCUGAUAGCAGUCUGUCCAGCUGACCCUCUAGUGCUGGUGCACCUCAUAGCUGAGCUUCCCAGUGUGUCGCAGUGAGGACAUGCUGGGUGGGAGGCUACCAGCUUAGCACGCAGGAGUUACGCCCUGGAAGAACUCACAGCACCACAGAGGCGGAUGGGCAGCAUUUGCGGCUCCAAAGUGUGUGGCAGCUGCAGGGGAAAGACCUUCCCAGCUAAUUGUAACAAGAAUGCUACAUCUUGAGCUAAAUUCAGUCCUCAGUUGCUGUUGGAGAGAAGAGAAUGAAUCUUUGUUUCAGGACGCUUGUCUGUGCAUUUCCUUGGGCAUGUGAGAGCCCAGGUAGGAAACCAAUGUGUGUGCUCCUUUGAGAAGCUCCUUGUCCCAGUCUCUGGUCUGUUCCAGGUUUUGCUGUCUGUCCAAAUGGCCCCUAAGCACUGUGCUCUGUGCGUGCUUGUGUUUCAGUGGCUGUGCUCUAAGGGCUGGAGCAGCCCUUUGCACUGGUGCCACGAAGUUGCUGCUGUAAGGACAGAGCGUGAAUCGGUACAGCCAGUUUGCUGUCUGCGUUCAUGCCUGCAGCUGGACAGACACAGGGCACGUUUUGCCCCAGCGAAGGGUCCUGGUCCCGUGUGGACAGUUACCUGCCCUGUGCAGUGUCACUGCCCACUUACAGUGCUCCUUGAGGCAGGCCAGAAAGCAUCAGAGCACACUGCAGCUUUUUAAGAUGUUAACCCUUUACCCUGCUCGUUUGAAACUGUGGUCCAAGUGGCGCCUGCUGGCCGUGUCUGUAACCAACACUUUGGAGCUUUGCAGCCUGCACGUUUCCACAGGCAGUUGCCCUCCCCAUGCUGCCUGUGUCUGCACAGAGCAGGGCCAGGGUACUCGGUCCCAUCACCGAGCUGUGAAGCUCCCUCUUGCUUUUCUGCUCGGGUUUGCCUAUGAUGCCUGUUGUCUCUGGGUGGAGCUGCUAGGCCGAGUUGCCUGCACCCUGCCGUACCCUGCAGUGCUGGGAGCAGAGGACAACUUGGCGCCUGCUCAGCAAUACCGCAGGGUUGUGCGGCUCGGGGAGCAGUGGGUGCAAGGAAGCAAAGCAUCAGGUGCUGCCACAGGUUCUGCACAGUGUGGUGCUUCCAGAGGAUACAGGGGCCCUGUGGUAGGAGCAGGCUGCCGCUUCUUUCCAGCUUUUAUCUUGCUAAUCCUUUGUCACAAUGCCCAAAGGGCUUGAUAGAACUCUGUGCUUCUGUUGAGGCCAGAGGCGGUAUGAGAAAGGGCAUCUUGGAGAUUCCUCAUUUGCCACUUGGACAUCUCAUCAGGAACAUGCAGAAGCUCUGGAAUUGUGGCCUGGCUGCUAGGAAUUUUGAGCUGUAAGGAAUAAUGGUCACUUGGUACAAGCUGAUUGUUAAUCCCCUGGUUUCUGAGUGGUAGAGCACUUAAUUUCUGUCACCCGUGUUCCCUCCUCCCUCAUUUUUCCCCACCCUCCUUUCCUCACCCUGACCUUGGUAUGAAUGUUGUGUUGCUUUCCCAAGACAGAUCACAAUGACCAGGCUCCUUUAGAGCCUUACUACUGUUUCAAACACAAGUUAUGCAACAGUGUUCUGUAAAUGUGGAUAACAACGGCGGUUUGUUCUGCAGGGGCCUUAAUGUAUUUCUUGGUCUCUCUGCAAAGCCUGGGGUGCUUGGUAAGAAGUCAGCCAUGGUGUUACAUGUAGCUUGGAAUAACAGAGCUGUAUCUUGUAACCAGUAAUCCUUGCUUUCUUCUUGCACUUAAAUUAAAUUGAACACUCAAAUCCCAAA